CAGGCCUGCUGCGGCGGACUGGGCGGCGGAAGUUUGACGGCGCCGGCGAGUGGCUGCGGCGGUGGUGCCGGAGUCCCGCCACAUAACUCCCAUCGUGGUACCCGCAGCGGGGCCGGCGGCCAGGCGAGCCUGGGCGUGAGAUCGCGGCCGGAAGGAGGAGCCCCUCUGACACCCAAACAUGGACCUGGAGACCAAAGUGAAGAAGAUGGGCUUAGGUCAUGAGCAAGGAUUUGGAGCCCCCUGUUUAAAAUGCAAAGAAAAAUGUGAAGGAUUCGAACUGCACUUCUGGAGAAAAAUAUGUCGUAACUGCAAGUGCGGCCAAGAAGAACAUGAUGUCCUAUUGAGCAAUGAAGAAGAUCGAAAAGUGGGGAAACUUUUUGAAGACACCAAGUAUACUACCCUGAUCGCAAAGCUAAAAUCAGAUGGAAUUCCCAUGUAUAAACGCAAUGUUAUGAUACUGACCAAUCCAGUUGCUGCCAAGAAGAAUAUCUCCAUCAAUACAGUUACCUAUGAAUGGGCGCCUCCUGUCCAGAAUCAGGCAUUGGCCAGGCAGUACAUGCAGAUGCUGCCCAAGGAGAAGCAGCCAGUGGCCGGCUCCGAGGGGGCGCAGUACCGGAAGAAGCAGCUGGCAAAGCAGCUGCCUGCACACGACCAGGACCCUUCCAAGUGCCACGAGCUGUCUCCCAAAGAGGUGAAGGAGAUGGAGCAGUUUGUGAAGAAAUAUAAGAACGAGGCUCUGGGAGUAGGAGAUGUCAAACUUCCCCGGGAAAUGGACGCUCAAGGCCCCAACAAAAUGUACAUCCCUGGCGGGGACAGAAGCACCACGGCAGCCGUGGGGGCCAUGGACGACAAAGUGGCCGAACACAAAAGAACUCAAUAUUCCUGCUACUGCUGCAACCUGAGUAUGAAAGAAGGUGACCCGGCCAUCUAUGCUGAACGGGCCGGCUACGAUAAACUGUGGCACCCAGCUUGUUUUGUCUGCAGUACCUGCCAUGAACUCCUGGUUGACAUGAUUUAUUUUUGGAAGAAUGGGAAGCUAUACUGUGGCAGACAUUACUGUGAUAGUGAGAAACCCCGAUGUGCUGGCUGUGAUGAGCUGAUAUUCAGCAAUGAGUAUACCCAGGCAGAAAACCAAAAUUGGCAUCUAAAGCACUUCUGCUGCUUUGACUGUGACAACAUCCUGGCUGGGGAAAUAUACGUGAUGGUCAAUGACAAGCCCGUGUGCAAGCCCUGCUAUGUGAAGAAUCAUGCUGUGGUGUGUCAAGGAUGCCACAAUGCCAUUGAUCCCGAAGUGCAGCGGGUGAGCUAUAACAACUUCAGCUGGCACGCGUCCACAGAGUGCUUCCUGUGCUCCUGCUGCAGCAAGUGUCUCAUUGGGCAGAAGUUCAUGCCAGUAGAAGGGAUGGUUUUCUGUUCAGUGGAGUGUAAGAAGAUGAUGUCUUAAGAGGAGAGCACCAAGUGAUAUUGAGCCAUAGCUAUCCAAAGUGGUCUGCAUUUCUACUGUAAAACGCAAUUUAGAAAAAUAAACGGAAAAAAGAGGAACUGUAAAGGAAACCAGGAGAUUUUGUUCAGUAUCUUUCUUUGCUGUUUUUCCAUAUCAGUUUUUUUCAUGUCAACUUUUAGAACCUGCUUUAAGCAUUUGAUUUUAAAAACAGUAAAGAAUUUUAUCUUUCCUUAGCUUUCCAGGCAUAAAAUCUUUGAGUUGGAAGCUUGGGUUUAAUUAAUCUUCAUAUCCCUGUCUCCUUUGUACCAAACAGUAUAUAUGAAACACUUAAAAGUUAGUGGGCUGAAGGGAAGGAUGAACAUUUCUAGUUCUAUAUUCUUUUUUCCCUCUUGUGUAAAAUGAAAAGGAAAUUAAACUUGCCCUAAUGCCAAGGCUCUACAUUUAUUGCCUCAUCUUAUUCACUGAACUCUGUAGUGAUACACAGUGAAUUCUUUUGACAGAGAGAAUAGAAGUGCAGCAUGGUAUGGAGAGCUAUCAUUUUAAUGCCUAUGCAUUUGCUAUUUCCUAAUUUAGGCAGAGGUGGCUUUAUUGCAUUUCUCUAUUUUUUUUUUUUUUUAUUUGCCUUACCUCUCAGUGUUCUCUUUGUAAGCUGGUGACCUCCAUCUGUGGCCUUGAAUAUUUUAUUGUCACAUGUGGCAUCUACACUUUUUACUUCUAUAGAUGACUCUCGGCUUGGACAUAAAAGCCUGGCCACUCAUUUAUAUUAUGUUUUCAAUCCAAAGAAUGCGUAUACUUUUUGUACCCAAGAAACUAUAACUUGUACUGAUUGCACUUGCCUGCCGUGGUUUGGAUA